GAAAGGUGCGACUCCCGAUCACGUGGUGCAUCAGCUAUGCCUCUUCGUACGUCAUCAAAGGCCGAGACUUCGAUGGGGCAACCAGGGAGGUCACCAUCAAACCCGGAGAUGGCAUCGUCGAGGACCCGUUUCAGAAUGACCCGGCCUUCGACUCGACUGGCCUCCAGAUGCCCUCAGACAAAUGGAUCUGCACUCCGAUCUCUGCGGUGGAGCAGAUCCUGGAGACAGCGGCGGACUUCGGUAUCGAGGUGGGUCGACUGUUGGACUGGAUGGACUCUCUUAGCCUGGCGAAUCGGAAGGCUUUUGCUGGGCUCUAUGGUCUUUCUCCAAUGAACGAGCCCGCCCAUCUGCGAGGCCUCUACGAUCCCAAGGGCGCCGCCUGCCCUGUUCCUUACAAGGAGGCAUCCAGCCAGCCGGACACGCACAAUUGGGCUGCAAAUGUGUCGACUGCGGAGAUCUUGGCAACCCUGGCAAUUAGCGCCCUGGCCAACCAGCUGAAGCGAAGAGUUACGUUAUUAUCCGAUUGGUCUCUUUCUUCAGUGGCACAUCGAGCACAGCGCGUAUGCAGUGUCGAGGAGUUCCGAAAACGGCCGGCUUUGCACAUGGGUAAGAAGAUGCUGGUCAUGAACGUCAUCGAAACAGCCUUCGCUGGAACCUUUGACAAAGAGGAUGUGCAUGCCUUUGCCGCCAGCCAGAAAGGGGAGAUCGGCUGUGUGACCGGGUCUAUCGGAGCAUGGUGGCGCGGCAUCACCACCGUGGAAGAGCGCAAGUCUUGGGCAGUACUGGACUUGCACAACUACAUCGCCUGGGACCCAAAGGCCAAGGAGUUUGAGGAGAUCGAAACCUUGGAGCAGCAAAGGGGGCUGCUGGAGCAGAUGAGCUUGCCUUUCUUCCGGCAGCUGCGAGAACGGGCGCAGCUGCCCGAGCCGCAGCUUCUGGCAUGCUCGGAAUACAGCGCCAGCACCAAUCAGGACACUUUUUUAUCCACCACCAGCGGAGUGGGCAAGAGGCCUCUUCGACUGCCAGCCGCAUUCACCUUCAUGCACCUCCGAGAUGCCUUUCUGCGUUUUCAGAACCGGGCAGCCAGGGAGGAGCGUAUCCAAAUGUGGUUCUGGACCUACCACAUUCGCAAGAACAUCAACUACCAGGGUGAAUGGUCUUUGCUGCAUGCUUUGUCCCCACUGCAGCGAUUGCUGGCGCGCUUGGCGACGGGCACCCCAAUGGCUACAGGAGAGUUGGCCAUCGCUUGCAUGAGGUGCUCCCUGGCUCAAGCUGCACUUGUAGAUGCUCCCUGGCUCAGGCAGGGACUGAAAGAGUACGUUCGAGACCGAGGGGUCAACCUGGCCUUUCAGCUUGGCCCCUACGAAAAGCUUGGUCGCCAGAAGGCUGCGAACGGAGUGGGCCUUGUGCAGCUUGCAAUGCUACUCAAUGUCAUUUUGGAUCAUUGCCCAUAUGCGGAAAUGCAUAUAUCCUUCGUCAAAGACUUGCUUCUGUGGCUCCAGAGCGAGUUCACAACCAUCUCUGGCAGCAUGUCCCCUUCGCUAUGGGCCUCGUGGAUGACCGAAAGGCUCUUGACAAUCCUCUCCCAUCUACGACGGGUUCAUGGUUCUGCCAUCAGGCUUGCUGAGUGCUCCUCCAGGCUCAGUCCAGACCAAACGGUGAUCCUGACUGGCCUGCUGUCGAGGAUCCAGAGGCAAGGCUCUGCCGAUGCCCCGGCCAAGUGCUCUACCCCGUCGCCAAGCAAGAGACUGCUCCAGAAGCAGCCGUCGGAAGUCCCUUCCUCCCAGUGCUCUGAGAAGCCCUCCAAGGCCAUGAAAGCGAAGACGAAGACCGUGAAACCCAAGAAGACCAUCAAAGCUAUGGCGAAGAUCAUGAAAGGAGCAGAGAGCUGCCCUUCGGCCAGGUCCUUCCUGGAGUUUCUGGAGGCCGCUCUGCCUCAUGUCCUUCCUUCGAGUUUCUGGAGGCCGCUCUGCCUCAUGAAGCCCUUCCCCCAGGCGGAGCUUGUACGAAUGGAGUCGCCCUUCCUUCCAGUUUCUCGAGGUCCUUCCUUCGAGUUUCUGGAGGCCGCUCUGCCUCAUGAAGCCCUUCCCCUAGGUCCAUCCUUCGAGUUUCUGGAGGCCGCUCUGCCUCAUGAAGCACUUCCCCCAGGUCCUUCCUGCGAGUUUCUGGAGGCCGCUCUGCCUCAUGAAGCCCUUCCCCCAGGUCCUUCCUUCGAGUUUCUCGAGGCAGAGCUUGUACGCAUGGAGUCGCUUAAAGUAAAGCUGUCGAGGGCCUUGGGCAAGAUGCCCAAAACAGUCAAGGACCCCAAGACAGUCAAGAAGGCUGCAGAGAAGAAGCAGACAAGGCCUGACCCCGAGGUUUCGGAGCUUGACGCCGAGGUUUCGGAGCCUGCAGUCCAGAAGAAGUCCAGCCUGAAGGAGGAGGACUUUGCCUUGGUCGCCUGUGAGGGGCUCCAAAGCAAGCUUGACCGCUUGAGGGACUCGACCAGGGGCUUGGAGAUCGAGGUGACCGAUGGCCCCUUCAAGAAGUUUUUCGAGAACCUGAGCAACAAAGAGAGGUGGUCACUGUGGAAACAGUUCGAAAACGAUCGGACUGCCUUGGAUGGAGACCGAGGAAAGAAAGUUCAGGACGACUACAGCAGCAUCCGGCACCCAGGGUCUGACGCAAAGAAGAAGAAGCUCCUCAAGGCCUACUUAGUCGGAGGAGGCUUCAAGGACGUGUACUUUUCGGUGUCUGCCACCUUCUCGAAGACAAGAGACAAGAGAGCAGGAGGAAGUGUCCACGAGCAGGGACCGACGGGGCAUGCAGCCUCGUCCAAGGCCAAGACCCUGAACGACUUCAAGCAGUUCGUCGACGAUGGCCAGACCAAAAGCUUCAAGAACAUGGGCAUGGACGGCUUGGACUUCGAAGAGUCGGAGAAGGGCCCUUUGGAAGUGCUUGAGACGGCCUCCGUCGCUGUGUCUCAGAAGGCCUCGGACAAGCAGAGCCACGCGAAGGUGAAGGCAGCCCUCAGUGUGACCAAUGUUGCCAUGAACAAGUUGGAGACGAAGAUCUCUGACAUGACAUGCUCCUUGAAGGAGAAGCUCUCCAUGAAUGCCUUGCUCAAGGACCUGAAGAGGAACUGGCUUGACUUGCAGACGGCCUCCCAGGAGAAGGUCCUCAAGAAUGCCAGCAAGAAGUGUGUGACUUUGGCUGAGCUCUUGAAGAAGCUGCAGGCCAAGGUGAACAAGAACUCGCAGUGA